UAUAAAUUAAUUAAUUAGUACAGUUGAUCAAAUAACUUCCAAAAUAUUCUGACAGCUUACUGAUUUCGCUAGAUUACUGAAACAGUUUUGACGAAUAUUGUUUCAAAUUAAUAAAUAAUUAUUUACUAUACUUUGUAAAUAACAUUCAAUUUGACAAAUAAACAAACAAACGAGAAGACAACAGAAGAUUAUGAGCAAACCAAAGAGAAUGAUUUGCCUUCCUGUGGAUGGUAGUGACCAUUCACGUCGAGCAGUAGAGUGGUAUAUUAAAGAAGUUUAUCGACCUGGUGAUCAAGUUAUUUUUGUGCAUGCAAUAGAAAUGCCUAAUUUACCUGUAGUUAAACUUUCUUCUGGUUUGAAUGUACCUGUUGAUAAUUGGACAAAAUCAAUUCAAGAAAAUAUUGAUCGUUCAACAAAACUUCAAAAUCAAUACGGAUAUUUGUGUGAAAAAUCAAAGAUACCAUAUGAUUUUGUAAUAAUGAAUGGAUCCUCUCCCGGGACUGGUAUUCUUCAAGCUGUUGACGAUUAUAAAGCUGAUCUAAUCGUAAUGGGUAGUCGUGGUUUAGGCUUAGUGAAACGUACAUUUAUCGGCAGUGUAAGCAAUUAUGUUGUGCAUAAUACGCAUAUACCAUGUAUUACUGUGCCGCCUGAGAAUUAAAUCAAGCAACGACAUUAAUAUCUAUAUCUAUAUAUAUACAUGUGUAUGUGUGUGUGUGUGUAUUCAAAGAGUUAUUCUCUCUUAUUUCAAAUGAGUUAAUUAAUUAAUUAAUUUGUGUAUUUGUUAUAAAAUCAAAAUAUAUAUAAUAUUCAAUUCUUAUAUGAACCG